CGUUUAGUAUUACAAUUUACAGUAGUAAUUAGCUGAAGGAGAUGGAUUGGAGCUUUCCAUUUCUACUUGUUUGCUUCUUUAGUGAUUUGUUGAUACUGGUUUAUGGGAAUCUCGAAGGUGAUGCAUUGUAUGCUUUAAAGGAUAAAUUCACGGAUCCUAACAACGUUUUGCAAAGUUGGGAUCAGACCCUCGCAAAUCCAUGUACAUGGUUUCAUGUUACCUGCAAUCUUGAGAAUAAUGUUAUUCGAGUUGAUCUUGGAGGCGCGAAUUUGUCUGGACAACUAGUUCCAGAUCUUGGUCAACUUACGAACUUACAAUAUUUGUCGCUUUAUAAUAAUAACAUCACUGGAAACAUUCCGUCUGAGAUUGGGAAUUUAACACAGUUGGUGAGUUUGGAUCUAUAUCAGAACCAGUUAGACGGUGACAUUCCAGCCACAUUAGGCACGCUUCAGAAACUUCGUUCCCUUCGUCUCAAUAACAACAAGUUGAGUGGAACAAUUCCUCUUUCCUUAACUACUGUAAAUACAUUACAAGUUCUUGAUCUAUCGUUUAACCUUUUAAGUGGACGAAUUCCUGUCAAUGGAUCAUUUACGAAUUUCACCGAUCUCAGUUUCUCCAAUAAUACCAAGCUGAUAUUUCCAACGCCUGUUGGACUAGCUCCAACACCUAAUUCUCCAUCUCCUUCAGGCGGCAACAAUAACACUGCAGCUAUUGCUGGAGGAGUUGCUGCUGGUACUGCUCUUCUUUUUGGGACCUUGAUUGGACUUGCUUUCUGGCAGUGUAGACAGCCACCAGAUCGUUUCUUUGAUUUGCCUGCUGAGGAAGACCCUGAAAAUCAUCUGGGACAACUAAAGAGAUUUUCUCUACGUGAACUACAAGUGGCAACCGACAGUUUUAGUAAAAAGAACAUUCUUGGACGAGGUGGAUUUGGUAAUGUUUACAAAGGACGGUUAGCUGAUGGAAGCCUGGUGGCGGUAAAAAGACUUAAAGAGGAACGUAAACAUGGUGAUGAAUUGCAGUUUCAAAUGGAGGUCGAAAUUAUCAGUUUGGCAGUACAUCGGAAUCUACUUCGUCUAAUAGGAUUUUGCAUGACACCAACUGAACGAUUGCUCGUGUAUCCAUACAUGGUCAAUGGCAGUGUUGCAUCAUGUCUAAAAGGUCGACCCAAUACAAAACCUGCACUUGAUUGGGCAACAAGAACACGAAUUGCAGUAGGAACUGCACGCGGUCUUGCUUAUUUACAUGAGCAUUGUACACCUAAGAUCAUUCACCGUGACGUGAAAGCUGCAAAUAUAAUGUUAGAUGAGGAGUUUGAAGCAGUUGUUGGAGACUUUGGGUUGGCUAGGCUCUUGGACUGGAAAGUUACUCAUGUUACAACAGCAGUUCGAGGUACUAUUGGACACAUAGCCCCAGAGUAUAUAUCCACGGGGAGAUCUACAGAAAAAACCGACGUUUAUGGGUAUGGUGUGAUGCUUUUGGAACUUAUCACAGGGCAACAGGCCUAUGAUCUUGCUCGCCUUCAGAAGGAUGAAUCGGUCAUGUUGCUCGAGUGGGUGAAAGGACUUCUGCAGGAUAAGAAGUUAGAGACACUAGUCGACGCAGAUUUAAAAGUUGAUGUUGUGAAUGACGAUGUGGAAAGAUUGGUACAGAUUGCUCUGUUGUGCACACAAGAAAUAGCUAUGGAACGACCUAGUAUGUCAGAAGUUAUCAGAAUGCUUGAAGGUGAUGGUUUAGAUAUCAAGUGGGACAAGUGGCAGAAUGAUGAUAUUUCUCGAAGAAAGUUUAGCAACAUAAACACUUCAUAUCCCGAUUUUAUUCAAAUAAUUUCGAAUUACACUCCUAGCGCCGAUCAAUUGUCUGCUCCUAGAUGAUCAAACCAUCAUUGUUUCUGAUUCCGCAUCUCUUUUUUUUUUUUGUUCCUGUUCAACCAUAUUGGUUGAACCUUCUCUAUGUCCGUACAUUGUUUCAAAGCAUUAAUAUUGUACAAAAUGUGUAUGCAUGGAUGCAUGAGGAGUUGGGUAUAGUAAAGGUCAAAAUGAGCGCAAAAAAAGGUAAUUUGUAUAUAGGUUAAAACAAGAUUUGUUAAUAAACCCGAUGAAAUCUAGCCAAAUUACCAUUUU